GAGAGUUUAAAAUGGUUAAGUGUAGUGUUUUGAAAUGUGUACUAGUCACUUGUAAAGUGGAUGAGCAACUUGAAAAUUGUUUAGUGUAGUUCUUGAUAGGUGAACUUGUUUUUUGAAAUUUGUAAAGUGUAAUCACUUGAAAAUGUGAAUUAAUGACUUGAAAUUGGUUUAGUGUUGAUACUUGAAAUGUGAAUUCAUGGCUUGAAAAUGGUUAAGUUUAGUCACUUGAGAAGUGAAUUAGAGAGUUGAAAAUGGUUAAGUGUGGUGUUUUGAAAUGUAUACUAGUGACUUCAAAUUAAUCAAGUUUAGUCACUUGAGAAGUGAAUUAGUGACUUGAAAAUAGUUUAGUGUAGUUACUUAAAAGAUGAACUUGUGUUUUGAAAUUAGUAAAGUGUAAUCAUUUGAAAAUGUGAAUUCAUGACUUGAAAUUGGUGCACGUCCUCCUAUAAAAGAAGAUAUUGACAAAUUUGAUUUGUCUAGUCCUGGAGAUACGGACAUGCUUGGUAGAGUGUUCAUCGAUCCUGAUGGAUCUUCGUGGUAUCCCGCGUCAAAAAAAGUUGAUGAGGCUGUAAGAGAGAGUGUUAUGAGACUUUUUACAUAUCCUUGGCACGAGUGGUGGGACAUUCCAAUAGUCUCUAAACAAGCCAUUUUUCAAGAUUUUAAGAUAAUGUGUUUUUGGUUGGCAAAGCACGAUCAGGCCAUUUCUAUAAUUUUUGAGAGACAUGCUGCUAUGUCACAUCAGAUUGCACAUAUUAGACGUGCCUUAACACAGGCCGUUGCUCUUGAUUCAAGUAGCGAAGAGGAAACAGAGAGUGAUGAGGUUGGGGCUACUCCUUAGUAUUAUUGGACUUGACUUUUAGAUAAUUUUUAGAGAUUUUUUAACUUAGCAUUUAAUUAGUGAAAAAUCUUUAGGAGUGUUUAAGUAUUUUGAAUGUUGUUGGAUUCAUUGUUUAAGUGCUGUUGAUUUGAAUUAUUUAAAUGAUUUGUUAAUGUAUUGUGUUGUAUGAUUAUUGUAAUAAUAUACA